AACAUGUUUUAUUAAGAGACCUUAAUUACUUACUUAAGUGCUUUCUCCUCUUAAAUCAAUACUUAUCCUAAACUUAUUAGUGUAAGAUGCUAAAAUUCUUGAGGAAAAUCUUAUCCCUUCAAUUGAAGGAUUGUAUCAAGAAAAGGAGUGAACAUGGUAAGAACUUAGUAGCUGUGCAGUUGCCAAAUUGCAAUGUUUGUGUAGAGGAAAACAAACAAUGCAAUUGUGAUCACAUCAUUGUUGAGGAUAGAAAGAACACUAGUGUUGUAGAAGGCGCCAAUGUCGAUGUGAAUGCUGAUAGUUCUUUUGUUCAUGCUGUCAUCAACAUGGUUGGAAUGCUCAUAGGUUUAGGGCAAUUAUCAACUCCAUAUGCUGUUGAAAAAGGAGGGUGGGCAUCUGCAUUCUUGCUUGUAGGACUUGGAGUAAUGUGUGCUUAUACCUCUCAUAUACUUGGAAAAUGUCUUGAAAAGAAUCCAAACUUAGCAAGUUAUGUGGAUAUUGGGAAUCAAGCAUUUGGAUCAAAAGGAAGAUGCAUAGUUGCAACAUUCAUCUACAUGGAAAUCUUUAUGGCACUUGUUUCCUACACCAUCUCAUUACAUGACAACUUGAUCAUAGUAUUUUUGGGGACACAUUUGAAGCUGAAAUUGGCUAUGUUAUCAACAUCACAAAUCUUAACUUUGGUGGCAAUCUUGAUAGCUCUACCUAGUUUGUGGAUCAGAGAUAUGUCUUCUAUAUCUUUCCUUUCAACUGGUGGAAUUCUUAUGUCUCUUCUCAUUUUUAUGUGUGUAGCAGUUACUGCAAUUUUUGGAGAUGUUCAAGCUAAUAAUCAUAGUAUACCAGCUUUGAAGUUACAUAAUAUUCCAUCAAUAUCUGGUCUUUAUGUCUUUGGUUAUGGAGGACAUAUUGUUUUCCCUGAUUUAUAUAAAUCCAUGAAAAACCCUUCCAAGUUCACUAAGGUUUCAAUAGUGAGCUUCACAGUAGUUACAGCACUAUACACCUCAAUGGGAUUCAUGGGUGCAAAAAUGUUUGGAAACAAUGUUCAAUCUCAGAUAACUCUCAACAUGCCACCAAAUCAAAUAAUAACAAAGAUUGCUCUUUGGGCAACAGUGUUGACACCAAUGACCAAAUAUGCACUUGAAUUUGCACCCUUUGCAAUUCAGCUAGAACACUCACUUCCAAAUUCUCUUAGUGGCAGGACAAAAUUAGUAAUAAGGGGUUGUGUGGCUUCAUUUUUGCUAUUGACCAUACUAACCCUUGCUUUAUCAGUGCCAUAUUUUGAGCAUGUUCUAAGUCUCACUGGUUCACUAGUUAGUGUAGCCAUUUGUUUGAUUUUUCCAUGUGUUUUCUAUAUGAAGAUUUUUUGGGGUAAAAUAACAAGGCCUCUCUUAGUCCUUAAUUUUUUUCUAGUCAUGUUUGGGUUUCUUCUUGGGGUGAUGGGCACCCUUUCCUCCAUAGAGUUAAUAUUGAAAAAAUUUCUAUCACAUCAUUCAACUUGAGGCAUUUGUGAUGUAUAUCAGCAUAUAAACACAUCAUCCUUAUUCCCUUCCUCUUCCAAUAUAUAUUCCUAUAAACCAUAGAUUAUGAGAUCUGUGUAAAUAUAGUAGAUCCUAUUAAAGUCUUGUAUUGCAAGAUAAAUCAGUAUCUGUAUGGCCAUGAUUCCAAGAAGCAAAACAACUGCGUGGUCUAUUAUUUACGUGUGUUAGUACUUCUGUAUAUAGUCUUUUUUUACUCACGCACCAUAAGCCUUUCUCAAUUUACUCCGGUAUACUAUCUAAGGAUAACAGAAGAUAAAAUAAUAAUAAUACAUAAAAGUUUGAUUCUUCAUUGUA